AUAACAGCUCGUAUGGCCUUAGAAAGCGGAACUAGCACCCUAAGCUGCGGUGAUAGGAUAUUGACUUUAAAAACAUUGUUAUCUGAGUUUCCAUGGAUAGAUAUAUAAGGAAUUCGUAGAAAAGAGUUACCAAGAAGCCUUUGAAAUGACACGCCAAGAUUUACUUACCAUCUGUUUUCUGGUUCUUUGUCUUGGUGGCUGGACAGUAAUGAGCUUUCCAGGUCCUUGCGAUCACGGUUGGUAUUACCGAAAAGGAAUUUGUUAUUAUUUCCAUACGGAACAGAAGACUUGGGACGACGCCAACGAGACCUGUAUCAGUCAGAACGCAACACUGGUACAAAUAAAGGACAUUGAGCUCAACACGUAUUUAGCAGUUACGGCUGCGACAAUUUUUAACCCCAUCCGCUACUGGAUUGGCUUAAAGCGUCCCGAGGAUUUCGAAUAUAGGAACGUCGGCGAAAACACCACAAUAGCUCUUAACUGGCAACAAGGGGAACCUAAUGAUGGACCUGAAGCAUGUGUCUUCUCUGAAAAUAGUAAGAUGACUGACAGCAAGUGUAUUGUAACCAAUGGUAACGAUCCGCGAGGCUAUAUAUGUCAAGUGCUGAGUAGCUGUGCGGAUGGAAACCUAGAUAAAAACGGGUUUCAACACAACGAUAUAUAUAACUACAGUAGUAAUGAGUGUCUAAUGCACUACAGAUUCGCGGAACAUGUGGUUCUUAAUUGGACUCAAGGAAACGAAAAUUGUGCUAACAUUCCCGGUCGCUUAGUGCAUAUGACAUCCGAUAUCGAAUCUUUUCUCAAUGAAAAAAUGGCUGAUAUUACUACAACCAGUUUCUGGAUCGCAGCAAGGCCUUACAAAGAGGACAUUUUUUAUUGGUUAGACGGAAGUGUGAAUGACAUGAACGACACCUGGGCCCCUGGCGAACCUAACAGGCUGAGCGAAAACUGUGUAUUUGUGCAGGGAAAUGAGGGAUCCUGGCUUGAUAUUGACUGCCAUGGGAAUUUUAGUUUUAUAUGUGAAAAGAACGCAUAUCCAUAUGAUCCAUCGCUAUCGACCACUUCCUCAAAUCAGGACUCAACUAAUGCGUUUGAUUGCACCUGCAGAUGUUCUCGUCUGGGGAAAAGGUUGAUAGUAAACAUGACUCUUGAAGAGCUUCAGUUCGCCGUGGCUCAACUAAAACGUGAAUUAGCAGUGAACAAGUCCACGCUUUCCUCUGUUAUCAGACGAAAGACAUCGGCCGGGGAUCAGAGACAAUCCGCCGCCAUAAUGGGUUAUGUUGGAACCGCUAUCAUAUGUGUUGUAAUAGGACUUGUUAUUAUAACAGACGUGCCACUGAUAGUUAGAACAGUACGGCGCUUUCUCAGAAAAACAUGUUUUGUGUCUCGCACACCAAAAACUCAUCCACGCUGAGAAACGCAAUCACACCAAAACAUGUUAGACAUUUUGCCCCACUCGUAUAUAAUACCAAGCACCAAACUUGCUGACGUUUUUAGUGAUUGUUUCCCUUGGUGCAUACUCCUUGCCAUGUUGCUAGUUGCUAGAAUAAUGUUCUGGAACAACCAACCCGUAUCUCGUAAUCCCAAACAUAUUUUUGCUGUUGAAACCGUCUUGCUCCUUGCUUACAGAAAAACCACAAUAGGUGGGUGUUAUAUAAUCAUUACCACACGUGGGAUAAACUCAAAAUGCGUUUUGAUUGGUUGAAACGGUGAACUUGGACCGGGACUAUUUUUUAAUCACGUGGUUGAAUGCCAUUUGAUUGGCUAAUACUUGAAGACCGCUUCACGAUGUCCUGGAAAUGAUAACACACAAGAAGAAGUUCGCAGUUGUUUUGUUAUAUUCUUGAAAAUAUAUUAAGGUAUUUAUUAAUUCAUUGCUUUGAAAGAAUAUACCUUCUUAUCGUUUUGUUAUGAUUUGUAAUGAAUUGUUAUAUUUCCAUACCUUUUUGAAUUUGUCAGUUUUGCAUAAUAAUUUUAAAUUAGGUCAUAUCCUUAAACAACACUUGAUAUUGUGAAAAGAACACAUGUUGCCACAAAACAGGUCACUUCAUUCUCAAAAUAGCUUUUCUAUUGUGGUAGAAAGAAGUCACACAAACUCGUGGUUGUUGUUUUUUCACUCUCGUUAUUUAUUUUUCAAAAGUUACAAAAAAGCACUCGCUAAAGCUCAUGUUUUUGUAACUUAAAAAAAUAUAUUUGAUAUUCGAUAUUUGUUAUUACGAAUUUUUACUUCCUCACAGAUCUGACAGGAAGUUUGAAUAAUCUUUGUAAAAUUCACAUCAUCAUCAUCGUCGUCGGCGUCGGCGUCGUCGUCACCACCAUCAUCAUCAUCAUCAUCAUCAUCAUCAUCAUCAUCAUCAUCAUCA